AUGCCUUCCGUCGCCCGCAACGUUCACGAUGUUCGCGCAGUUUGGACCUCGGAGGAGGGGUCAAUGGCCAAGGAGACAGCCGAGACCCGAUGGGCCAAAAUCAUACAGGGGACCGUGGACGACAUCGGCGAGACAGCGGCCGCAGAGGAUGUUGACAACCAGAAGAGAGUGGAGAGCAUCGCCAUUCAGAUUGCCCUGAAGGAAAUCAAGGAAAACAUCAAACAGAACAAGGCCCUCACACCCCUGCAAGAUGACGGCAAGCCCGAUAUUCAAGAGUGGAACAAGCAGCUGGCUGCAAUUGGCGGUUGCAGUUGGAUCAACUGCCCUUGGCUCUUUGGAGAAUGCUACAUGUACAGACGCAUCCAACGAAUCCUGAACUCCUCAAAGCACUGGAAGAACUACGAUGUUUUCAAGCGCCAGAAAGACUCUACCUUUGUCAAGUCGAGAGCUGCCGUCGCGGAGCUCGCCAGCCGUUAUGUGCAGGUCGUUGCCGAUACUACAUUGGCCCAAACCGAGAGCAAGGAGGAGGCCAAGAAGGUGUUGUUUAUCGAGAUGACGGAGAUCGCCCUGUGGGGGAAUGCCACAGAUCUGUCGCUCCUCGCGAACCUGACCCUGGAGGACUUGCAAAAACUCCAGGGCAGUGAAGCCAUCCAGAAGAGCCAGCGAAACAUCGUGGACAACGACACGGACGACGUCUGGGGGUAUCUUCAGCGCACAGCCGGUCAGACCAGUCGUCAGAUUGACAUUGUCCUCGACAACGCUGGCUUUGAGCUCUUCACCGAUGUGCUCUAUGCCGCGUAUCUGUUGGACUCGGGCAUUUCGACCUCUGUCAGACUGCACGCCAAGGAGUUUCCGUGGUUCGUCAGCGAUGUCACUGCCUCCGACGUCGAUUCACUGUUUGAGCAUCUUGAUUCCGGCGAAUGCUUCCCAGAUCGAGAGUAUCUCGACCAACUCGUCCCGAGACUCCGCAAGUUAUUCCAGUCGGGCGCCAUCACGAUCACGAGUGACCCCUUCUGGACGACCCCGUUCUCAUUCCACGAGAUGCCAUCCAAAGCACCUGCCCUCUUCAAGGAGCUUCAGAACAGCUACAUGGUCAUCUUCAAAGGUGACCUUAACUACCGCAAACUGACCAGGGACGGGUUGUGGCCUCACAUCACCACGUACGAGGAGGCCUUGGGCCCCCUUGGCAAGCAGAGCGGCGUUAAGAUCUUGGCUCUUCGCACGAACAAGUCUGAUGUUUGUGUUGGUGUCUCAAACCAGAGCAAGGUUGAUAGGUUGAACGAGGAGGCGCCCGGUGGUGCUUGGAUCCGGAACGGAAAGUACGCGGUGGUAUCAUUCAAUGAGGGCCAAUGA